AUGUCAAGAAAAUCUAAAGAUCGUAGGCGAUCGACACUUGAGAACGAAAACUCAAAAGCGGACACAGAGAACGAUUCAGGUAAACGGAAUGGCAGCAUUACGAAAAGGGAUACACAUUUAAAAGACGCAGAUGAGGAAGUCAGCACUGAAAAACCAAGAAAAUCUACAGAUCGUAAGCGAUCGACGCACGAGUACGAAAACUCUAAGUCGGCUCAAACAGAGCGAUCAAUAGAUAUAAUAAUAUUUGGAGCAACUGGCGCAUUAGGGAGCUACACAGUACUGCAUGCCACAAGCGUGUUGCAAGGCUUCAAAUGGGGAAUAGCGGGGCGUAGUAAAAGAAACCUGGAAGCUGUUUUGCGAAAUGUUCGUGCCCUAACAGACCAAAAUUGUGAUGACAUACCCAUAAUUAUAGCCGACGCAAACGACAAGGAGGCGCUGUUUAAGAUGGCACAAGGGUGUCAACUCAUCAUCAACUGCUGUGGUCCCUACGAGGAGCAUGCCCCCGCCGUUAUAGAAGCCUGCAUCGCAGCCGCUACCCACUAUAUAGACGCUAGCAUCGAGCCUUGCUUUCUGAAGCAGGUGCGGGCACAGUUUCAUACCGAUGCCGAGUCGGAAAAGAUAUACGUUAUAACCUCGUGCGGGUUUUUCAGCUUCGUUGUUGAUGUGGGCAUUAAUUUUAUUGAACGCCACUUUAUAGGUAGAGUUCACACUGUCGAGGCAUAUUCGCAGUACUGUCAUCUAGAUAGUCGCAGAUUUGUACCGCUCGUUAAUUGUGCUACUUGGAAUACUAUUAUUGCGACUAUGGCCAAUGCCAGGGAACUGAUAUCCGAUUGUAAUAAAUAUACUGCGCCAACAGCUUGUGUGCUCAGCGCCAUCACUACCAAUGUGCGAUCUGUUCCAAAACUCUGCUACAGAUCCCCAAUUGGGCAAUCGGAUGUUGUUACCGGCGUAGCCAUUCCACAGCCCCUAAUUGAUGCUCAAGCCGUUAAAGCCUCACAAGACUUCAUAAGCCACAAUGAAGAUAAGCCGCCGAUACAGUUUAGGAACUACAUUACCUUCCCGUUCGUAUAA